AUGCCGAAAGGCUUCAAACUGGGUUUGUGGGCUCGGAAUGUGUACGAAGAAUCGCUCGACACAGUACGCAGCUGGAUCUUCGUAGACCAGUCUGGAGAUGCACAUCUUGCCUUGCUCAGCAACGAAGAAAGAGGCACCUCGGAACACCUACCAACCCACGAACCGAAGCCGCUACAUCGAAGACGAAAAUGCCGCAUCGGUUGGAAACCAAAGGAUGCACUGCGUCUGUUAUGGGCUGUUGUGCCCUCGUUUAUAGCCAACGCAUGCGGCCAUGGCGAAUCGCUGGUCCCUCCAGCCAACGAAACUUCCUAUCUGAACGGCCUCCGUGGGAUUGCAUCUCUCAUCGUAGCUAUUCAACACAACACGAACGAUUACAAGUACAUAUAUCGCGGCUGGGGCGAAACUGAGUUGGAUCGUUUCUUCAUGCAACUCCCAUUUAUCCGGCUCGUGUUCUGCGGAUCUUUCAUGGUCGCAGUCUUCUUCGUCAUCAGCGGUUUCGCACUCACCUACGGUCCACUGAAGAAAUCCCACAACGGAAAAGCCGACGCCGCCAUUGCUUCUCUUCCAUCGAGCAUAUUCCGCCGCCCAUUUCGACUUUUCCUUCCCGUUAUUCCCGUCCUGAUCAUUACGGUCGCCCUAAUUCAGAUCCAGUGGUUCUACCAAGGCAACGCCACCCUGCCGCCACUGGUGGGAGGCUUUUGGGCCCAGGUGUACUUCAUUUGGGCUACAUUCCUUCUCAUUCUCACGGCUGGAACGAUCAAGACAAUCAUGCCUCAGGCCUGGACACUGUCGACCGAGUUCGCAGGAUCUCUUCUCGUGUUCAUGUGCUGUAUGGCAUUUGCACGAGCGUCGCCUGUGGUCCGCAUCCCGUUUGUCUUCAUGCUCCUGAGCUUUUUCUUCUACUUUGGCAUGUGGCCGCAAAUCCUCUUCCUUGCGGGAAUGAUUCUCGCUGAUGUGCGGCAUACCCGGAAGAAGAUACCAGGCCUAAAGGGCGCAAUGCGCUGGAUCGCUACAAUAAUGUGGUCCUGCUUACUUGUGCUCGCGCUAUUCCUGGGCGGAUGGCCCAUGCUAGGCAAUGGAUACGCGGCGGCAGGAUACUCAUGGUUCGUCUGGGUGCCUACGUCGGGUAUGAAACCGGACCGCUUCUUCACAAGCAUGUCGGCUAUCGCGCUGGUGGCCUCGCUAGAAUACUUGCCCCUCCUGCAGCGCAUUUUCAAUGUCCGUGCUAUCUUAUACUUGGGAGAAAUCAGCUACGGCCUUUACUUGGUUCACUGGACUGCUAGCAGUAUCUGGCUUACAUAUGGGGUCAAGCUACGGCUGCUGGAAGCCGGCUGUAGGCACGAGGUCGCGUGGAGCAUCGGUUUCGCCUUCUCCGUGGUGCUUUGCAUAUGGGCCGGAGAUGUGCACUGGAGAUUGAUCGACAGGAAAGCAGUGUCGUUUGCACGCUGGCUGAGCGACAAGUGUGGCAUAUAA